AUGUUUCAUCAUGCUAAGUUGAAAAAGUGUUUCUGGGCCGAAGCAGCAAUGACGGCAAUCUACGUCAAGAAUCGACUACCGUCACCUAAAGUCGUACACAAGACUCCGUUUGAGAUCGUCUACAACUCGAAACCAAGAGUUAAGCACAUGCGAGCAUUCGGGUGUCAGACGUACAUACUGACGCCGAAAGAAAGUCGACUCAAGUGGGAUCCAAAGGCUCGCGCUGGCAUGUUCGUGGGCUACGAAGAAGUGUAG